AUGUUCCGUCCUUCAACGCGUCAUAACAUCCCUUCCUCAUCUACCAACCCAGCGCUAGAGGUAAAAGUGAACAAACGUCAGUCUGGGAUUGGUGCCAACCCAGCAGGUCCCAGUACGAGGUAUCCAUACAGAUUGAAUUUCUACGAAACACCUCCAACACUCGAUAUAACCCUAGAAGAAUUCGAGACAUUUGCGAUAUCUCGUCUGAGGGUAUUAUCUCAGAUAGAAGCAUUAUCACAUCGAUCGUUACCUUAUGCUCAGGUACAAAGUUCCAUAACGAAUUAUACGAAAACCCACUUGAAUUUGAGUAGUAAUACAGCGCGGAACGUCAAUCUAGAUGAGGAAAGGAGGAGGGAUGAGAUUGGACAUUGGGUAUUGAGGUUGAGUUUUUGUAGAAGUCCCGACCUCAGAGCCCGAUUCGUCCGAUCUGAAGUUGCCCUCUUCAAAAACCGAUUUGAAACCGACGACGUCAAUGAACGAUCUAGUUUCCUGAAAUCGCUGCAAUUCGAUUGGCAGGUCGUGGAUGAGAAUGAAAAGAUGAGGUACGAGAAGGAACUGAAGUUAUGUAUGUGGGAGAAGAAAGAUGAGGCUUUCAAGAAUGAGAGCUGGUUCAAGGUUCCAUGGCAUACCGUCCCUGAUCUUGUUGGAUCACGAAAAGUAUAUAUCAGAGCAGGGAUGGCCUAUGUCCCUCAGAGUUUACAGAUUUCCUUGGUGUUGCAAGCGUUUGCUAGUAGGUUGGAGAAGGCUUUGGAGCUAACAGCCAAGAACCUCCCUCGUCUCGACGAAGAUGAUCGAUUGGGACCUGUGAUCGAUCACCUCGCAUCAUCUUUCUUAUCAGGAGUUGCAUCGUCAGAUUAUCAAUCUUCCGACUCGGCAGCUGCACAAGGCGUAGUCACGGCGGAGAUGGUAGAUGACGUGGCGCGUAAACACUUCCCACCGUGUAUGAGGAAUCUGUAUGACAGGUUGAAAAGAGAUCAUCAUUUGAAACAUUUUGGGAGAUUACAAUUGGGUUUGUUUUUGAAGGGCAUCGGUCUCCCUCUUGACGAAGCUGUAGUCUUCUGGAGAAGGAUGUACGGCGCUACGAUGAGCGAUGACAAGUUUAACAAAGAGUAUAAAUAUAAUAUACGACAUUCUUAUGGUCAGGAAGGAAAGAGGACGAACUAUCCUCCAAAGAGUUGUCAACAGAUUUUGACUCAAAACCAACCUGGUACUCAAGAUUCACAUGGAUGUCCCUUCCGACACUUCUCACCUGAUAAUCUCUCUGCAUUCUUAUCGUCGACUUACCCCCAGAUCGACAGAGGUAGUAGUGAGAUGAGGGAUAUUUUGGAUUCAGUCAAAGCGACACAUUACCAUGUGGCCUGUACGCGUGUUUUCGAGUUAACCCAUGGGAUCAAGAAAGGUGAAGGGUUGGGUGGGAGCGAGUCGGUCGCUCAUCCGAAUAAAUGGACGGAUAGGAGCAGAGAGUUGGAAAGGGAGGUGGUCGAGAGGAUCAAGAAGAAGGAAAAUUCUGAUGAGAUGGUGAUUGAUCAGUAG